GUCCAAGCUCUCGGAAUCCCGACCCCUCCCUGCCAUGUAUCCGCAAGGCAGACAUCCGGCUCCCCAUCAACCCGGGCAGCCAGGAUUUAAAUUCACGGUGGCGGAGUCUUGUGACAGGAUCAAAGACGAAUUCCAGUUUCUGCAAGCUCAAUAUCACAGCCUUAAAGUGGAGUACGACAAGCUGGCUAACGAGAAGACGGAGAUGCAGCGCCAUUACGUGAUGUACUAUGAGAUGUCCUAUGGCUUGAAUAUUGAAAUGCACAAGCAGACCGAGAUCGCCAAGAGACUGAACACCAUUCUAGCCCAGAUCAUGCCUUUCCUGUCCCAAGAGCACCAGCAGCAGGUGGCUCAGGCAGUGGAGCGCGCCAAGCAGGUCACCAUGACGGAGCUGAACGCCAUCAUCGGGGUACGUGGACUCCCCAGUCUGCCUCUCACCCAACAGCAGCUCCAGGCCCAGCACCUUUCCCACGCCACGCAUGGCCCCCCGGUCCAGCUGCCACCCCACCCGUCGGGCCUCCAGCCUCCUGGUAUCCCCCCGGUGACGGGGGCCAGCUCGGGGCUGCUGGCACUUGGCGCCCUGGGCAGCCAGGCUCACCUGACAGUGAAGGACGAGAAGAACCACCAUGAACUUGACCACAGAGAGAGAGACUCGAGUGCGAACAACUCGGUGUCUCCCUCGGAAAGCCUGCGUGCCAGCGAGAAGCACCGGGGCUCCUCGGACUACGGCAUGGAAGCCAAGAAGCGGAAAGCAGAGGAGAAGGACAGUCUGAGCCGAUACGACAGUGACGGGGACAAAAGUGAUGACCUGGUGGUGGACGUUUCCAAUGAGGACCCAGCGACGCCCCGGGUCAGCCCGGCAAACUCCCCCCCUGAAAACGGGCUGGACAAAGCCCGGGGCCUGAAGAAGGACGCCCCCACCAGCCCCGCCUCAGUGGCCUCCUCCAGUAGCACACCCUCCUCCAAGACCAAAGACCUCGGUCAUAAUGACAAAUCCUGCACUCCUGGGCUCAAGUCCAACACCCCCACGCCCAGGAACGACGCCCCAACUCCGGGCACCAGCACCACGCCGGGGCUCCGGUCGAUGCCAGGCAAACCUCCAGGCAUGGACCCGCUAGCCUCUGCCUUGCGCACGCCCAUCUCCAUCACCAGUUCCUACGCCACGCCGUUUGCCAUGAUGAGCCACCACGAGAUGAACGGCUCCCUCACCAGCCCCGGUGCCUACGCCAGCCUCCACAACAUCCCGCCCCAGAUGAGUGCCGCCGCCGCCGCUGCCGCCGCCGCCUAUGGCCGGUCGCCAAUGGUGAGCUUCGGAGCUGUUGGUUUUGACCCCCAUCCGCCCAUGCGGGCCACGGGCCUGCCCUCAAGCCUCGCCUCCAUUCCUGGCGGAAAACCAGCGUACUCGUUCCAUGUGAGUGCCGACGGGCAGAUGCAGCCCGUGCCCUUCCCCCACGACGCACUGGCAGGCCCCGGCAUCCCCCGGCAUGCCCGCCAGAUCAACACGCUGAGCCAUGGGGAGGUGGUGUGCGCCGUGACCAUCAGCAACCCCACUCGGCAUGUCUACACCGGCGGCAAGGGCUGCGUGAAGAUCUGGGACAUCAGCCAGCCGGGCAGCAAGAGCCCCAUCUCUCAGCUGGACUGCCUGAACAGGGACAACUACAUCCGCUCCUGCAAGCUGCUUCCUGAUGGGCGCACGCUUAUCGUUGGCGGCGAGGCCAGCACACUCACCAUCUGGGACCUGGCCUCGCCCACACCCCGCAUCAAGGCCGAGCUAACGUCCUCGGCGCCCGCCUGCUAUGCCCUGGCCAUCAGCCCUGAUGCCAAGGUCUGCUUCUCCUGCUGCAGCGACGGCAACAUUGCCGUCUGGGACCUGCACAACCAGACCCUGGUCAGGCAGUUCCAGGGCCACACGGACGGGGCCAGCUGCAUCGACAUUUCCCACGAUGGCACCAAGCUGUGGACAGGGGGCCUGGACAACACUGUGCGCUCCUGGGACCUCCGGGAGGGCCGGCAGCUGCAGCAGCAUGACUUCACUUCCCAGAUCUUCUCCCUGGGCUACUGCCCCACUGGGGAGUGGCUGGCCGUGGGCAUGGAGAGCAGCAACGUGGAGGUGCUGCAUCACACCAAGCCCGACAAGUACCAGCUGCAUCUGCAUGAGAGCUGUGUGCUCUCCCUCAAGUUUGCCUAUUGUGGCAAGUGGUUUGUGAGUACUGGGAAAGAUAACCUGCUCAACGCCUGGAGGACGCCCUAUGGGGCCAGCAUCUUCCAGUCUAAAGAAUCCUCGUCCGUCUUGAGUUGUGACAUUUCGGCGGAUGACAAAUAUAUUGUAACGGGCUCUGGUGACAAGAAGGCCACAGUUUACGAGGUCAUCUAUUAAACAAGGGCUCUGUCGGGGCUAUCAAAUGCCGGAGAAGCAGACGGGGCUGUCAGCGAGACCCUGGGCGCAGGCCCCUGUGGACAGCGGCGUGGUCCAGGUUGCGCCCCGUCCGGGCUGCGAGGGCACGCUCCUGGCUCCUCUUCCUCCCCAACACCCCUGGCCGAUGUUACAAAUAGAACUCGGACUCCCCACCGACACCCUCCUGAAUCUGUGUCUCUUCUUGACCUUUCUUUGGGCCUGUCCCCACGGCCUGGGGUCGGGGACACAGGAGUGGACCACAUUUUUGUGCUGGGGUGGGGGUGGGGGGUCUCUUGUUCCCACUGUGCAGUGCACAGGGUUUGUGAAACGUGUUCAUAGCGGACUUCUGGCUCUGGGCCUGGUCAGUGGGGGGGGGAGGCCCUGUCUGCCCCACGGGAACCCCUCCGCUCCUGUUUUCGACUGCUGUAUGUGUCAUCCACUCCUGGGGGUGGCUUUUUUUCAUUCCUUCGUUUGUUUACUUUUAAACAGAACUUACCAUCUGGGGAGGGGGGACAGGGGAAGGGAGGGAACAAGCUGAGGA